CCCACGGGUUUCCGCCUUGCAAAGCCGCUGAAGAAACAGAGCUGUAUUGCCCCACCUCAAGCAUGGCGGGGUAGCAUCGCAGGGAAGAGCAUGCACACCCCCUCCCCUCACUUCCCAUAUUCCCGGGACGCACCAAGCUCUUCUCUGGCCGCGCCCAGUUUUCGUGUCACUUCAGAAUUGACAUCUUUCAUGUUAGGUUGAGUCAAGCUGUCCAUCAUGGUGAGCAUCUCUGUCAGCCUCUUGGGUGCUUUAUUUGCUCUAGUAUCUGCCCAGCAAGGGCGCCUCUAUUCCAGCUCAUUUGCCAUUCCCGGAAAUGCUUCUUACGACUAUGUUGUGGUUGGAGGCGGCACGGCAGGCCUAGCAAUUGCCGCACGUCUUGCAGAGACUGCCUCAGUCGCUGUUAUCGAGGCAGGAGGUCUUUACGAGAUUGAGAAUGGCAAUCAAAGCGUUGUUCCCUACUAUGCCUUGACCAUGGGCGUCCUCUCAACAUCGACCUCGUACGCAAGACAGCCGUUGGUAGACUGGGACUUGAUAUCUGAGCCCCUAAAAGGAGCUGGAAAUAAGCGCAUCCACUAUGCGCGCGGAAAGACGCUAGGAGGCUCUUCAGCGAUCAAUACCAUGGGAUAUCAUCGCGGUACAGUUGGGACACACCAGCGCUGGGCAGAUCUCGUUGGAGACGACAGCUACAAGUGGGAAAACGUGCUUCCUUACUUCAAGAAAUCGACCACGUUCACGCCUCCCAACCUCGCAAAGCGGUUCCCUGCAAACGCCACUGUCCUCUACGAUCCAACGGCGUUUGACAACUCGCUCCACGGACCUGUGCAAAUCUCGUACGGUAAUUGGAUUGAUGUGACAACGACCUGGCUUGCUGUCGCCAUGGAAUCGAUUGGGUUGCCACUCUUUCCAAAGGGGUUCAGUAGUGGUACUCUCUCCGGCUGGGGCUCCUGGGUGACAGAUGAGAUCAAGCCAGAAGACGCGACACGCUCUUCGUCUGAGGCAUCCUAUUUGCGUCAAGCUAUUGCGGACCCUAACUCGAAGAUUACAGUGUAUACCCACACUCAAGCGUCGAAGAUCCACUUCGAUUCCGGCAAAAAUGCAAAUGGAGUGCUCGUGAACACGGCAGGCUUUGAGUAUACCAUCUUGGCAACAGAAGAAGUUAUUCUCUCUGCUGGUGUAUUCCAUUCUCCUCAGUUGCUCAUGCUGUCAGGUAUCGGUCCUCGCGCAACGCUCGAAUCUUUCAAUAUUCCCGUACUGUCCGACCUCACCGGUGUCGGCCAAAACCUCUGGGAUCAAAUUUUCUUCGACGUCCUCUCUGGCGUUAAUCUCCCCGCCUUCAUCCCCAACCCCGCCGCCGAAGCUGUUGCCCUGGGGCAGUACCUCCAAGACCAAGAAGGCCCGUACAGCUCAGCAGGCGGCUUCAUCGCCUUUGAGAAGAUCCCCAAAAGCCUGCGCAAGAAUUUCACUCAGCGCACGAAAGAUAUGUUGUCCACGCUGCCGGAUGACUGGCCAGAGAUCGAGUACAUCGUGCUCGCGUUCCCCGGCGCAAAUAGUACUAUUGGAGCAAUUUCCGCGACGAUAGAAGCCCCCUUCUCGCGCGGGACUGUCACAAUCUCCUCGUCUUCCAUCAAAGACCCACCAAUCAUCGACAUGAACUGGCUUUCCGAUCCCGCAGACGGCGAGCUCUUAGUUGCAGCAUUCAAGCGCUGCCGCGAAGGGUGGAACAGCCCUGCGAUCCAGCAGAUCCGCGUCGGUCCCGAAAUCGCUCCUGGCCUGGCUGUACAGACAGAUGGGGAGAUCCUGGCAUGGAUUCGCCUGAAUUUGGGGAUACAGUGGCAUGCGAGCUCGAGCUGCAAGAUGGGGAAAAAGGGGGAUAGGAUGGCUGUCGUGGACAGCAAGGCGAGGGUGUUUGGGGUGAAUGGGUUGAGGGUUGUGGAUAAUUCGGCGAUUCCGAUUUCUAUUCCCGGACAUCCCAGUGGGACGGUUUAUAUGUUUGCUGAAAAGAUUGCGGAUGAUGUUAAGAAUAGGAGAUAGUCUGCAUUCUUGCCAAGAGAGUGGUAAUUUGGAUAAGAAAGCGUUGUCCGAUUGCUGUGUCACCUGACCUUUUCUCAAGGUGGCUUAUUGUUGCAAUGUUUUG